UAAUAAAAAAAUGUAGGUUGUUAAUUGUUAAUGAAAAGAAUCUUCAAUUGAGGAUUCAGCUUGUGAAAUUCUAACCUAAAAUAAUCAGUAAGUUGACAAGCUGUCAAAAUUUAUGUAAACAAAUAGUUUACAGUGAUGAUUAUUAAUAAAUAAGAGUAUAUAAAAUAUAAAAAGUUUUAUAAUAACAAUAUUAGUUUAUUAAACAAUUGAUUUAUUAAAAUAGUAAAUAUAUUUAUUGAUAAAAUGGCGUCUGUUACUACUUUUAAUGCUGACACUGCUAAAGCUGCUUUAAAUGAUGUACUAUUAGCCUUGAAUGCACCAGAGAACGUCCAAAAAUUAAGUGAAGCCAAAGAAAGUUCUGGAAAUGAAAUGAUGAAAAUGAUGCAAUUUAUAUUUCCAAUAGUUACACAAAUUCAGAUGGAUGUUAUUAAAAAAUAUGGAUUUUCUGAAGGUAGAGAAGGUACUAUACAAUUUGCACAGUUUAUUAGAACGCUAGAACGCGAGGAUCCUGAAAUAGCGAGGCUUCAUAAUCAAGUAAGAAGUUACUUUUUGCCAUCCGUUGCCAGCAGUCCUUCUGCGGAAGCUUCUCUUUAGUAUUUUUAUUUUUUAUUUUUAAACAAAUCAAUUUUUUUUUAUCGAGUAUCAACAACUGCCAUGUACUAAUUUAUAAUUUAUAAUUAAUAAAUAUUAUUUGCCAAA